GGCCAAAUUUGUGGCUGGCGUACCCAUAAUGCAAUGGUGUGCGCUCGUGCUUAAUGAAGUGGCUCGAAAGGAUGAGGACAGACAACACAGUGAGAGAAGGAAACUUGGCUACGGCGCCUGGUGUUUAUGGAUAUUGCAGAGAAUAUAUCGUUCUAAUAUAGCGCAAGUGGCAUUCGAUUCGACAGCCAAUGUGAAUUAUAUUAAUUGUAGUUACCUCUCUGGAUACUCUUUGCAGUUUUAAAGAACCCGCUCGGUGUCUGCUACGCUUCUCUCUAUGUUUGAGUGUCUUCCGGCGGCAGCGGUGGCAGCAGCAGUAGCAGCGGCAGUGCCAUGAAUAGUGGGCUCCCAGCUUCAGCUGCUCCACUCGGGGGGGUCGGAAUUCCCAGCGUCAAGGUGAAGUUCUGCAGAUAUUACGCCAAGGACAAGACUUGCUUUUAUGGAGACGAGUGUCAGUUUCUGCACGAAGACCCGUCCGUGGCGAGCCUACCUCUGCAUGGUGGAGGAGGCAGUCCUGUUCCUCUCUCCAUGGCUGGGGGAGCUGUGGCGGCAGCUGGAUACCCUAUCGGUGGAACGGCGGUAGCCUGUCCUGGCGGCGGGGGAGCAAGUGGCCCAAAAAAGAACGAGUCUGUGGGGCCUGCAGGCACGGGUCUGGAUGGACAGCUGUUGACCAUCCCUGGAAUGGAUGGUGGAGCCCUGGCUGACACCAAUCUCACCAACUCCUACUUCAGCAGCAGCUUCAUUGGGGUCAAUGGGUUUGGGAGCCCCACUGAACCCAAGUACUCCAUGAUGCAGCGAAUGGCCAGCAGCAGCAGUUCUCCCAGCCUCCUGAAUGACAGUGCCAAGAGCUACACCUCACACGAUGCUGUGAGCUCGCCUGCGUCGACCCUCUUCAGCGACUUCACUGCACUGAGCCUGGCGCAGAGGAGAAAGGCUCCGAACCCGACGGCGACCGAGUUUGUUCCGAAGGGAACGACGGGGCCUCGCGUGGCGUCCAUUUCCCAGCCCAGCAUGCCCGCCUUCUCCUCCCCGCUCUUCUCCCACCCCGCCCUGGGCAGCUCCACUGUGGCUGCCCUUGCGCCAGGAAUGUCCCUCUCAGCUGGGUCUUCACCUCUCCAUUCCCCCAAAAUCACCCCUCACACUUCUCCAGCCCCACGCCGGCGCAGCCAUACCCCAAACCCCAAUCCCAACCCCGCCAGCUACCUGGUGCCCACCAGUGCCUCCACUCCACUGGCCGACCCCGGAGCAGCUGCCCAUAUCAUCCAAAAGGAGACUGUGGGUGGGACCACCUACUUCUACACAGACAACACCCCUGCACCUAUGGCUGGGAUGGUAUGUUCCCGACAGGAAGUUGUGAGAACAGAAGUCACAGAGAAAGUUCAGGUGUUUCCCCCCUAUCACAUCUACCCCCCCACGGCGCCCCACGUGGCGUACAUGCAGCCCAAAGCCAACGCGCCCUCUUUCUUCAUGGCCGACGAGCUCCGACAGGAGCUGAUCAACCGGCACCUAAUAACAAUGGCACAAAUCGACCAAUCAGAAAAUCCUGGGGUUCCCACAGAAGUGGACAGUUAUCACAGCCUCUUUCCCCUGGAGCCCCUACCCCCACCCAACCGCCUGCAGAAAACUAGCAACUUCAGUUACAUCACUUCCUGUUACAAAGCAGUCAACAGCAAAGAUGACUUGCCGUACUGUCUGAGAAGGAUACAUGGUUUUCGACUGCUGAACACCAAGUGCAUGAUGCUAGUGGACAUGUGGAAAAAGAUCCAGCAUUCCAACUCUGUGACACUGAGAGAGGUCUUCACCACCAAGGCCUUUGGAGACCAUUCGUUGGUAUUCUCCUACGACUUCCACGCGGGGGCAGAGACCAUGUUCACCCGCCACUUCAACGACCCAACCGCUGACUCCUACUUCACCAAGAGGAAAUGGGCAGGCCAGCCCGACCCUCCCCCGCCCCGCCAGCACGCAGGCCUGCUGCCCGAGUCGCUGAUCUGGGCCUACAUCGUCCAGCUGAGCUCGGCUCUGCGCACCAUCCACACCGCCGGCCUCGCCUGCAGGGUGAUGGACCCCAGCAAGAUCCUCAUCACUGGCAAGACCAGGUUACGGGUGAACUGCGUCGGAGUCUUUGACGUGUUGACGUUUGACAGCAGUCAGGCCAACCCUCUGGCCCUCAUGGCACAGUACCAGCAAGCAGAUCUCAUCUCAUUGGGCAAGGUGGUGCUGGCCUUGGCUUGUAACUCACUGGCUGGGAUUCAGAGAGAGAACCUCCAGAAAGCUAUGGAGCUUGUGUCAAUCAACUACUCCUCUGACCUCAAGAACCUCAUCCUGUACCUCCUGACCGAGCAGAGUCGACUGCGCAGCGUCAAUGACAUCAUGCCCAUGAUUGGCGCCCGGUUCUACACCCAGCUGGAUGCUUCACAGAUGAGAAAUGAUGUCAUUGAGGAAGACUUGGCCAAGGAGGUGCAAAAUGGACGCCUUUUCCGGCUACUGGCGAAGCUGGGAACCAUCAACGAGAGGCCGGAGUUCCAGAAGGAUCCCACCUGGUCAGAGACGGGGGACCGCUACCUGCUGAAGCUCUUCAGAGAUCACCUGUUCCACCAGGUGACUGACGCGGGGACCCCCUGGAUUGACCUCAGCCACAUCGUUUCCUGCCUCAAUAAGCUGGACUCAGGUGUACCAGAGAAGAUCAGCCUGGUGUCGCGGGACGAGAAAAGCAUCCUGGUGGUGACCUACUCCGACCUGAAGCGCUGCUUCGACAGCACCUUCCAGGAGCUGCUGGCCGCCGCCAACGGCCAGCUGUAGCUGCGCUCAGCGCUCGCCUGCGGGUGCAGGCGGACGCCUUCGGGCCAGGACGCACUGAGGAGUUUAAACUGGAGCUACACUGCAGCUGACAGACUGAGGUCCAGGGACCGGGAAGCCAGGGCAAACGCUACACCUCAGCCUGGUACAGUUUUCUGUCUGGAGGGGUCUUUUUCUCCGGGCUCGUUUUUUAAGUUUUGAAAAUUUGACCCUAGAGCAUCAGUACCGGACACAAGGGGCUGUGAUGAUUUUUUCGGAUUCGGGGAACAAAAACCAGAUGUUUCACUUUUCCUGCUUUUUAUUUUUUUAUUUGGGGUUUUAUAUUCCUGUGGUUGAUGCACUGAAUUUUAUUUUAUUUUUAAAAGUCUUUUUGUGUGUGGUCUUCGGAGUGCAGGGGAAAGCUGGCUCUUUCAUAGUCCUUCCUAUUGGAGAGCAGAGACAUAGUCUUUCCUCCUAUUGGAGAGCAUAGACCUGGUCUUCCUAUUGGAGUGGAAAGGCACUGUUUUUCAACCUACCGGAGUUGAGAGACGUGUUCUUCUUUCCUGAUUGAGUGGAGGCCCAUGAUCUUUCUUCCUGUUGGAGAGGAGAGGCAUGGUCUUUUUUUUUUUUCCUAUUGGCGAGGAAAGGCAUCGUCUUUCUACCUGUCAGAGAGGAGAAACCUAUUUCUUCCUGUUGGACAGGAUGUGGUCGCUUCACGGCCAUUCUUGUUUUGUGUCCCCAAGGGUUUGACCAAAUCUAAACCUCUAAAGCCCUCUGCUGCAUCUACAACAGAAUCACGGUUGGACCAUCGGCAGGGGGGGGGGGGGGGGACUGGCCCUAUGGGUAAGAAGGUUCACUUCCUCCACCACACUUUCGUCUUCAACCCCCUCCCCCCCACACAGAGUCGUUGAUUGUUCUCUUCUCCUGUCUCGCCACCUCUUCAGUUUCAGAAUUGGUCUGAUGUAAGGAGGAAGUAUUGAUCCAGCAGGGGGUAAGAGCAUUGGUCUGACAGAGGCUUGGGUAAUGCGAGGCAUUUCCCCUCAGUAUGCAAGUAAUGCUUCUGCCUUUGGUCUUGGUUGCAUUCUGCAGGCACUGAUGACAGCCCGGGGACAAAUUCUCUCAAACUGCUGUGGAUUUUUUUUCUCUCUCUGGACAGACGUCCUUUCUGUCCAGGAUGGAUUCCAAACUCCUUUUGAGACCUGAAUAAGCCGAACUGGCUAAAAGUUAUCUGAUUCUGUCUUUUUGUAUGUUUUUGAGAAUUUCACGCCUACGUGAUUUUAUAGGAAAAGGAACACUGAGAUUUCCUCACAGCGGCCAUGCACAGAGGCAUGAUGGGAUGCAGAUGGCCUCCUCCCUGCUAUAUCCUGUGGACUAUUUAUUUUGUGUCUAAAAAUGCUCUCACUGUUGCAGAUUAUGUGCUUUUUAAGUAUCUCUUUAAUGACCCAGGCUUGGAGGCGAGCAGGGCUUCUCCAAACAACAUGGACAGUUUCACUGACCUAUUGAUGAAUAGAGCUUAAUCUUCAACAAAAGUAGUAUUUGGAAUGUGAUUGGCCCUUUAUUAUGCUGGAAAAGGGAGGGUUGUGGCUUCGGUAGCUGAGAGAAUGUCCUGUGACUUUUGAUUGCUGGCGGCCUAGACUCAAUUCUGAUCCCAGGAGGAGGAGCAGUGGAACAGGGGGUUUGAAUCAUGCAUUUUGUCUCUUCUUUUUCUGAUAAAUGGCCAGACCCUGUCUCUCACACACGUGUUAACACACAUCACAGACACAACACAGAGACACAUCACAGACGCAUCACAGAAACGACACAGACAUGACACAGACACACACCAUAUUUGUGCCACCUCCUCAAGAAAAUGGUUUGUAUCAUGACCCUAUUGUGUUCGUCUCAAAUUUUGCAAUAUUUGUGUGUACAGCAGUAUUUUAAUAAAGAAUACCAACACUUCACCAGA